GCUCGUGGUGACAUCCAGCACAGAGCGAGGGAAGAAGACACUUUAUCACCUGAGUGUGUGGACCGUUUCCACGCUGUGUAAAAGCACCUGCGUGGUUUUAUUCUGGCAGUUUGUGGUCAGUUUGGGUGUCAUCUGUCUCACCUGUGUGCAGCAGGUAUCAUUUGGUGUUUUAUCCGGGGAGGAGACAGGUGUUAUCCACAGCAGCACACUGUGGAUGAAGACUCCCUCCUCGGUUUCUUCAUGGCAGAAAGACUCGGUGAUGUGUGCUUAGCAUGGCUGCGGCUCCUGCACCGACCACCCAGGGACCGGUAUGGCUUUUAGCCGCAUCCGCAAACUGGACCCCCCGUCCCGAGGCAUCUUCAGGAAAGCGGCGGUCAUGCUGUGCUCCCUCCUCACCUCUGUCCUGCUGCUGCACUGCCUCACCGACCGCUGCAGCACCUCCUCGCCGGUCAAAGCGACCUCCGGCCGGCUCCUCGAGGACCUGAGGUCGCUGCGGACGAAGCGGCUGGCGUACGAAUGGACCGCCGGCUCGGAGCUGAUGGGCUACGGGGCCGCCAGGCGCUCCUCGCGGGUCCUCGCGGAUGAGCGCGCGGGGCACCUCUUGGAGGAGGCUUUCAUCUUGCCGCCUCCGGAUCUAGUCGCGUCCAGGAAAGUGUCGCCGAGGUUCGCAGGUAAAGUGAGUCCGCUCGGGGAGGGGAGCAAGAAGCUGCCCCAGGCGCUCAUCAUCGGGGUGAAGAAAGGAGGCACCCGGGCUCUGCUGGAGUUUCUCCGGGUGCAUCCGGACAUCAGAGCCGUGGGAGCGGAGCCGCACUUCUUCGACCGCAACUAUGAGAACGGGCUGGAGUGGUACAGGGAGCUGAUGCCCAAAACCCUGGAGGGCCAGAUCACCAUGGAGAAAACCCCCAGCUACUUUGUGACCCGAGAGGCUCCAGCCAGGAUAUCCGCCAUGUCCCGGGACACCAAGCUGAUCGUGGUGGUGAGGGACCCCGUCACCAGGGCUAUCUCGGACUACACGCAGACGCUGUCCAAGAAGCCCGACAUUCCCACUUUCGAGAGCCUCACCUUCAAAAACAGGACUACGGGACUCAUCGACACCUCGUGGAGCGCCAUCCAGAUCGGCAUCUACGCCAAGCAUCUGGACAACUGGCUGCAGUACUUCCCCAUGGAGCAGAUCCUGUUUGUGAGCGGCGAGCGUCUGAUCAGCGACCCGGCCGGAGAGCUGGGCCGCGUGCAGGACUUCCUGGGACUCAAGAGGAUCAUCACGGACAAACACUUUUACUUCAACCAGACCAAGGGUUUCCCGUGCCUCAAGAAGGCGGAGGGCAGCAGCAAGCCCCACUGCCUGGGUAAAACCAAAGGGCGGACCCAUCCGAACAUUGACCCUGAGGUGGUGCAGAGGCUACGGGACUUCUACAGGCCCUUCAACAUGAAGUUCUACCAGAUGACAGGGAGGUUCUUUGGCUGGGAUGACUGAAUGUGUUUUUCUCUGAGGACUGUCAGAAAUACUGCAGCGGAGUAUUAAGACCACUGAUUGGGGGAAAAUGAGAAUGAAGUCGUAAUAUUUCAACAAUCAUAAUGUCACAAGAAAAGUCUAAAGGAAUGAAUGCAAAACAUUUACAAAAAAUAUUCUGUGAAUAACUUAGCAAAAAUAAAGGAAAGCAAAAAUAUUUAGAGUAUUUAAGAGUCGGGCAAUAAAACAUGUACAUCUAAUCUGAUGUAAUCUAGCCUAUGUAAUAGAAAAGUGUAAUUGUUAUAUAGAAACAUAACCACAUAGAAAAAAACUAACUAAUCUCAUAACAUCAUAAUUUAUUCACAAAAAUACUUCAUACUUUUAAUUUUUUUUGUAACAUUGAGAUUUUAUUCUGGUCAAAUUAUUACAUAUAAUUUAUUUUGUUUUUUGUUUUUGUUUUAACUUUACACCAUAGCUCUAAUAUAUAAUAUAUAAAUACAUAUAUUAAAUAAAUAUAAUAUAUUUGAGACAGGGAUGCACCGAUUGUCAAUUUCUGGGUAGAUACAGAUACCAGUGUUUAAAAUAACAAUUUGGCCGAUAGUGAUGUUUUUUUGUUCAUUUUGGGGUUCUUUUGUUGUGUAUUCUCCUUUUUAUGCCAGAAAAGAAGAAAUCUUAAUUAAAAAAUAUAUAGAUAUUAUUAUUAUUAUUAUCAUUAUUAUUAUUAUUAUUAUUCCCUCUCUAAUAUCUAUUUCUUAACAAAUUUCUCCUCCAAACAACUGUAUUUUUUCAAUUUUCAUUCCAAAAGCUAAAUUUUACAAAAUUACAUUUGACAUGAUUUGAACACAUCAUGAUAACGUUAUAAUGCACUAACACUUAGCUAACAGCUAACGUUAGCUAAUUGUGUAACAUAAGGGCACGGUCAGAAAGUGAAUCCAUGCAAGUAACUGUUGCCUGCUGGAGCGAUAUUCGGGCUGAAUUCAGGCAGUCUGACGUGACAGACAUGGAAAGCUAGCUUGCUAGCUAACAUUAGCUAGUUUGCUAAUAAAUGCCGCUAAACAUUAAUGUACCUCUUUGAAUUCAAAUCUCUCAUGAUGGUCAUACAGCAGCAGCUGGUCAGACCGACAUAUUCUCACUCCUAUCUCGUCACAUAUAGGUGUUUGGUCAUGGACUUUCCACGUCCACAUACAACGUGUAAGGUACCCUGGGUGCGUUGGUUGUUGACAUUCUGGGACAAGUUCUCAUCUUUUAAAAUACACUUCUGUUUUCACAGGAAAUUUAACAUUUAAAUACAGUCUCUUUCAACAUAAAUGUAAUACGUCUGUUCAACACCGCAAAUUGAUGUUUUUUUUUUCCCUUUAACAAAAAACACAUGGUUUUUGUUGAGGAAAAAAAGAAAAGGGUUUGGCUUUAUAAUUUUACGAGACAUGAACACUGCUCUCUUGGGUGAAAGUUGGUGUUUGUUGGACCCAUCCACCACCCCUCUGCCCCACUAAACUUGGACUUUCACUGCCUUAAUUUUCAUUUUUGUCCCGCCGGUUGCCAUUAAACUGUAACGGCAACCAGCCGCAUAUCAUGCUGAUGUUAAAGGACAUCUUUUUUUGUUGGUUUCUGACGAAGCAAGUCACUACCCAAGCGCCGGAGUUUGACGACUCUAGAGUGAGACUGUGCUCGUUAGACACUGCAACAGUCAGUGUCUCCUCCACACCGUACUUCUGUGCUUUUGGUUGAGGCUGUGACUUUGCCUGUCAAAGUUCUAAAGUUUACUCCUCGAAAGUGAACACAAGGCAAAUAUUCGCCAGUGUUAAUUUUGCUCAUGCGUGACCGUACUCUAAAUGUGAAAUCGGGUACGUCGUCUGAUUCGUCAAUAGUGAGUUUAUUGUCUCCUUUGAUCUUGAAGGUAUCCUGUGGAAGAUCUCCGUUUGUCCUAAACAUGUUUUCUGUCGUCUCCAGGACAACAAAACACUGUUAGUCUGGAGCCAUGCUUUUUAUCUGCAUGAAAUUUAUGUGACAUUUGCUGAUAGGUCGAUGGCAGUCAACAAGGCGAAUAUCGUCCGAUCCCUAUGUUCAGUCGAUAAAUCGGUGCAUCCCUAAUUUAAGGAAUAUAACAUCUUAAAUGUUAAAGUGUUGGAUUUAUCAAAAAAUAUCAAAACUUAAAUCUUUUCUCGUAAUAUUGUGAUUUUAUUCUUGAAAUAUUACAACUUUUUUCUUAAAAUAUUUUGACUUUAUUCUGUAAAUCUUGUAUUUCCCCUGACAGUGUUCCUGUUACUCCGUCCUCAGCACUAACCUAAGCAAUACAUGGCUGUCCCAGCAGAGAAAGAAGAAGCCCAGUCUCCCUCAGUGGCUCCCUAGAUAUGCAAUAUUUCACUGUUACAUUUUUCAUCAUCAGAGCUGCCUCUAAUCCACAAUCAUGGAGAUAUUGUCCUCUAAAAAUACAUUAAGUUGUAGAAGGAUUUGCGCCGUAUCUCCCUGCACUAUCUGAAGUUUUUUUCUUCCUUUGAGUUUGAAGUCGUCGGCUGUGACACAGAAAUAUUGUAUGCGGUGCUUCUUUAAGAAGAUGGGUGAAAUCACAUCGUGUCCGGGAGCUUUUGAUAAAAGCUGAGUGAUUUAAUGCCAUAUUUUAAAACAUACAUAGCUGCUUUCAAAAUUUAACAUUUUUCUAGCAAAAGGAUAUGAAAAGAUAAAAAAUAUAUGUAUUUUUGAAAUGUAUUUAUUCAAGAAGUACACAAGCAGUAUGUAUGUAUUUUGAAUAACUCCUCAGUGAUUAUUUGCUCUCAUUAUUAUUAUUAUUAUAAUUAUUAUUAUUAUUAUGCGCCCCAUGCCUUUAGAGUUUGUUUUAUACUAAAAUACAUGUUAUCCUCAUUUUAAUUUCAGGUCAUCCGCUCUAAUAUUUACUGCACAGUGUGGGAACGCUUGUCUCCACGUAGCUUUCAGUGCCAGAGCUGUGAGUUUGUUAUUUCGGCGGUGGUUUCUCCGCCUUCAGUUAAUGAAGUUACAGGCAAAGAUAGCUCUCACUGUUAUUCAAGCAACAGCGACUCUGGUGGAGGAGAAAGACCUCCUGCCCAAACUGUGACUCAAAUUUCCUCAACAUGCCUCCUUGUGAAUUGAAUACACUUGAUGUCACUGGCCUUCCUUGCCUCGAGGCGAUCUGUGUGUGUGUGUGUGUGUGUGUGUGUGUGUGUGCGUGUGUGUGUGUGUGUGUGUGUGUGGAAGUCUUUUUCCACCCAAGUCUUUUUUAAACCCAGGGAGCAUGAGAACAAUGGCUGAGUUGUGUUCCUAAUUUCAGUCUACUUGUAUUGUGAGCCACUUUCUGAAAGCAGAUGUGCCUCAAAAGACACAAAAUGUUUUUUGGUGUGAGCAUCAGAAACGAACCUAAUAUAGAUUUUCCGGGGGGGGGCCAGGAUUAUAUUACCGCUCUAAUUGUGCUGUUCUGACUGUUUUUCUUAAAGUUGUUGGGAUUUUUAAGGCACUCCUUGAA